GGCCGCAGCGCGCCCUCCGCCCCGAGAGCCGCGACCGCCCGGCCGAGCGGGGCCGGGGCGCGGGAGUGUGCGCCGCCGCCGGGGAGCGGCCCGGAGCCCGCGAUGGAAUAAUGCCCAGCGGCCCGCCCGGUCCCGGUAAUUUUCGGAUGUGACGGCUGAGACAUGAGAUCUUCAGCCUCCAGGCUCUCCAGUUUUUCGUCGAGAGAUUCACUAUGGAAUCGGAUGCCGGACCAGAUCUCCGUCUCCGAGUUCAUCGCCGAGACCACCGAGGACUACAACUCGCCCACCACGUCCAGCUUCACCACCCGGCUGCACAACUGCAGGAACACCGUCACGCUCCUGGAGGAGGCUCUAGACCAAGAUAGAACAGCCUUACAGAAAGUGAAGAAGUCUGUAAAAGCAAUAUAUAAUUCCGGUCAAGAUCAUGUACAAAAUGAAGAAAACUAUGCACAAGUUCUUGAUAAGUUUGGGAGCAAUUUUUUAAGCCGAGACAACCCAGAUCUUGGUACCGCUUUUGUCAAGUUUUCUACUCUUACAAAGGAGCUGUCCACACUGCUGAAAAAUCUGCUCCAGGGUCUGAGCCACAAUGUGAUCUUCACCUUGGAUUCCUUGUUAAAAGGGGACCUAAAAGGAGUCAAAGGAGAUCUCAAGAAGCCAUUUGACAAAGCUUGGAAAGAUUAUGAGACGAAGUUUACAAAAAUUGAAAAGGAGAAAAGAGAGCAUGCGAAGCAGCAUGGGAUGAUCCGCACGGAGAUAACAGGAGCUGAGAUUGCAGAAGAAAUGGAGAAGGAAAGGCGCCUCUUUCAGCUCCAAAUGUGUGAAUAUCUCAUUAAAGUUAAUGAAAUCAAGACCAAAAAGGGUGUGGAUCUGCUGCAGAAUCUUAUAAAGUAUUACCAUGCCCAGUGCAAUUUCUUUCAAGAUGGUUUGAAAACAGCUGAUAAAUUGAAGCAGUACAUUGAAAAACUGGCUGCUGAUUUGUAUAAUAUUAAACAGACCCAGGAUGAAGAAAAGAAACAGCUAACUGCACUCCGAGACUUAAUAAAAUCCUCUCUUCAACUUGAUCAGAAAGAAGUAGGUGGUCUCCACAUUUCCCACAGGGCUUACAGUGAUUCCCAGAGCCGGCAAGGAGGAUACAGCAUGCAUCAGCUCCAGGGCAAUAAGGAAUAUGGCAGUGAGAAGAAGGGGUACCUGCUGAAGAAAAGUGAUGGGCUCCGUAAAGUGUGGCAGAGAAGAAAGUGUGCUGUUAAGAAUGGGAUUCUGACCAUCUCACACGCCACAUCCAACAGGCAACCAGCUAAGUUGAACCUUCUCACCUGCCAGGUGAAACCGAAUGCCGAGGACAAGAAGUCGUUUGACCUAAUAUCACAUAAUAGGACGUAUCACUUUCAGGCAGAAGAUGAGCAGGAUUAUGUAGCGUGGAUCUCAGUAUUGACAAAUAGCAAAGAAGAGGCCCUAACCAUGGCCUUCCGUGGGGAGCAGAGCACAGGGGAGAACAGCUUGGAAGAUCUGACAAAAGCCAUUAUUGAGGACGUUCAGCGGCUCCCCGGAAAUGAUGUCUGCUGCGAUUGUGGCUCGUCAGAACCCACCUGGCUUUCAACCAACUUGGGUAUUUUGACCUGUAUAGAAUGUUCCGGCAUCCAUAGGGAAAUGGGGGUUCAUAUUUCUCGCAUUCAGUCUUUGGAACUAGACAAAUUAGGAACUUCUGAACUCUUGCUGGCCAAGAAUGUAGGAAACAAUAGUUUUAAUGAUAUUAUGGAAGCAAAUUUACCCAGCCCCUCACCAAAACCCACUCCUUCAAGUGACAUGACUGUACGGAAAGAAUAUAUCACUGCAAAAUAUGUAGAUCAUAGGUUUUCAAGGAAGACCUAUUCAUCUUCAUCAGCUAAACUGAAUGAAUUGCUUGAAGCCAUCAAAUCCAGGGACUUACUUGCACUAAUUCAAGUCUAUGCAGACGGGGUAGAGCUAAUGGAACCACUGCUGGAACCCGGACAGGAGCUUGGGGAGACAGCCCUUCACCUUGCAGUCCGAACUGCAGACCAGACAUCUCUCCAUUUGGUUGACUUCCUUGUGCAAAACUGCGGAAACCUGGAUAAGCAGACAGCCCUAGGAAACACAGCUCUGCACUACUGCAGUAUGUACAGCAGGCCCGAGUGCUUGAAACUGCUUCUCAGGAGCAAGCCCACGGUGGAUGUCGUUAACCAGGCUGGAGAGACUGCCCUGGACAUAGCAAAGAGACUGAAAGCCACCCAGUGUGAAGAUCUGCUUUCCCAGGCUAAAUCUGGAAAGUUCAAUCCACAUGUCCACGUCGAGUAUGAGUGGAAUCUGCGACAGGAGGAGAUGGACGAGAGUGAUGAUGACCUGGAUGACAAACCGAGCCCAAUCAAGAAAGAGCGCUCGCCGAGACCUCAGAGCUUCUGCCACUCGUCCAGUAUCUCCCCGCAGGACAAGCUGUCACUGCCAGGGUUCAGCACUCCAAGGGACAAACAGCGGCUCUCCUACGGCGCCUUCACCAACCAGAGCUUCGUCUCCACAAGCACAGACUCACCCACAUCACCGACCACAGAGGCACCCCCGCUGCCUCCUAGAAACGCCGGGAAAGGUCCAACUGGCCCACCUUCAACACUCCCUCUAAGCACCCAGACCUCUAGUGGCAGCUCCACCCUGUCCAAGAAGAGGCCUCCUCCCCCACCACCCGGACACAAGAGAACCCUGUCUGACCCUCCCAGCCCACUACCUCACGGGCCCCCAAACAAAGGCGCAAUUCCUUGGGGUAAUGAUGUGGGUCCAUCAUCGUCAAGUAAGACCACAAACAAGUUUGAGGGGCUGUCUCAGCAAUCGAGCACUGGUUCGGCAAAGACUGCCCUUGGCCCAAGAGUUCUUCCUAAACUACCUCAGAAAGUGGCACUAAGGAAAACAGAAACCAGCCAUCAUCUCUCCCUGGACAAAGCCAGUGUCCCACCCGAAAUCUUUCAAAAAUCGUCCCAGUUGGUAGAGUUCCCACAAAAGCCACCACAUGGAGACCUGCCCCCAAAACCCACAGAACUGGCUCCCAAACCCCAAAUUGGAGACUUACCCCCUAAGCCAGGAGAGCUGCCCCCCAAGCCACAGCUGGGCGACCUGCCCCCCAAGCCCCAGCUCUCAGACUUGCCUCCCAAGCCGCAGAUGAAGGACCUGCCCCCCAAGCCGCAGCUGGGAGACCUGCUGGCAAAACCCCAGGUGGGAGACGUCUCGCCCAAGGCUCAACAGCCCUCAGAGGUCGCGCAAAAGCCGCACCCUGUGGAUCUCUCCCCCAGUGUGCCAGCCCGAGAUGCCAUCCAAAAGCAAGCGUCCGAAGACUCCAAUGACCUCACGCCCACUCUGCCAGAGACACCUGUGCCGCUGCCCCGGAAAAUCAAUACGGGGAAGAACAAGGUGAGGCGGGUGAAGACCAUUUACGACUGCCAGGCGGACAAUGACGACGAGCUCACCUUCCUGGAGGGGGAAGUGAUCGUCGUCACGGGGGAGGAGGACCAGGAGUGGUGGAUCGGGCAUAUCGAAGGACAGCCUGAAAGGAAGGGGGUCUUUCCAGUGUCCUUUGUUCACAUCCUGUCCGACUAGCAAAAAAGGCAGAGCCUUAAGAUUGUCCACAUCCUUCAUGCAAGACUGCUGCCUCCACAUAAUCCUGUGCACAACAUGUAUAUAGCUGCUGUUACAGAAUGAGAAACUCAUGGAAAGGCCACCUCAGGAGGGGGAUCUGGUGUGUGUUGUAAAUAUCCUGUGGUCUUCUGCCGUCGCCAGUAUUAGGGUAGCCUUGGGACCCGGCACGCCUUACUGGUUUGCCAAAGCUGUCCUUGGCAUCUAGCACUUACAUCUCAGUCUGUGCUCUUUUCCAAGCAAGCAAACAAAAUCGGGAAUAUAGGAGCUGCUGGCUUUGCAGAGAAGUGGUCUCCAGCAACCGUUGAAAGGCAUAGAACUGACUCUGUGCUCCUAAUGAAACAGUAUUCUCAGUUAUGUUACUGAAAAUGCCACAUUAGCAAAGAGGUGGGUUCUGUUCUCCAGGUGAAACUUUAAGCUCCACAACAGACCAACCUGUGGUUACCUGUGUGUACAGUUUACAGCUCCAAAACCUACUUGGGUAUUUAUUACAGAAAAGUGCUCAGUUAAAUGUAAGUGUUAUUCCUUCAGCAAAAUACUCACUGACCCAAAACCUUUGGUGUCAUUUUCCAGUGCCCACCGCCUCAUGAAAGUUAGGACAAGUGGAUUUAUACUGUCUUAUGAUGCUGAGUGCCCACCCCUGAGAUAUUACCUCAUUAUGCAAAAAGAACAUAUCCUCCAUGACUAUUUUGACAGAAGUUUAAAAUUCAUCUGAAGUUCAACUUUCAGGAACCAAGGACUGCCAGAAAAUAUUAGCCUCUAUAUUAUGCAUGCAUUUAGAAGCUUACCUGAAAUCUGCCUUUUAUAAAGGAAUAGUAUGGCUGAGUUGAACUGUACAUUUUUUUAAACUUGAUUGCCAUUAAAGCAGAAAUUAAUAAGGUUGCAACAAUAUUUGUUUCCAGUCAUUUGACCUUCUCAAGACUAUGAUUUACAUACCAUAUUAUGAAUUAGCAUCCUUCAGAUGAGUUAAAGGAUCUGAUGCGUCCAUUUAAAUUAUUUUUUUAGUUUUGUUCUCAGUAAACUUUUGAAAGAUUACCUAUGCACGAAGAUGACAAAUUUAAAACGCAACCCUUCACAGAGUUUUCCCCCUGUAGAAUCAGGUGCUGAACCCAACCCCCUUUUUCCAUGCUCUUCAUUAAACCUUCCGCACAGGCAGGUUUCCAGUCUUCAGCUCUAUUCAGUAGACUCGUCACCUUCAAGUCAAUUCAUAACCAAGUGUGAAUGAACACUGCUCUGAGUUGCACUGUGAACAUGCUCUUCUGCAAGGAGCCCCUCCCGUUCACUCGUCUUCGCAGCCGUGUUUAUCGGACCAUUAAGAACAUCAUGGGUAUUUCAGUCUUUUAUGUCAGUCUGAAUUUUGAAAAGAAUGUGGUUCAUUUCACUCCACAGUGAGUGGGGCUGCUCUCUGAUUCCAAGGCUCAUGUGUCAUUCUGGCAUUACUUUUGCUUAACCUGCUGUAUUGGCAACAGCACAGAAAACUAACAUUUUUAAGCAGAUAACCUCGGCAAUGAGUGAGAAAUGGUCAUUUCACAGAAGCACAACUCCCAACCCAACCCUGAGGAAACGUCCCCUUUCAUGGAGUCCCAGUGCUCAGUGAAUAUUAAUUUAGCUCUGCUUAUGUGAUUACUAUGAAAACUUUGAAUAGCCACCUAAUAAAUAACCUUGCAUGUCAAACCUGCAACAUAUCUUAUCAGCUUUGUCGGAGAGUGAUUUUAGGCAAUUGCUUCGUCAGUGUCAUGGCACAUCGAGUCCCAUGCCACCUGAGAGCAUCACGAACCAGCUGGUGUGCUGCCGUGUGGCUGACAGUGUUUGUAGCCUUCGUACUUAAGCGACACUGGUGUCAGGACAGGAAAUCACCUUCUGAAGUUACUUAGUGUCCUGGUUCAUGCAAUUACACAGUUUAAGUUGCAUUAAAUAAUUAUUCAUUUCUGUGGCCUAUAGUAUUUUCAGCUGAUCUCAAAAUAAACUUUUUCUUUUUAAUGCAAAAACUAGAUGUCUAAAAUUACAUGGAGUCAUUGUCUAUUCUUUUUCCCCUUUUGCAGCAACUUACACAAAUGCAUUUUUUAAUACCUUUUUUUCUGGUUUUGUUUUUGUUUCCAUCAGGAAUUUUAGUUGUCUCUAAUCCAGCUUACUCUGGGGACAUAGGAAAGCUAGGUAUAAAUAACUUUGGUAAUCUUAGUUGAGUUUAAACUGAUACUGUUCUUAAACUCAAUGAGCCACUAUCUGCAAUUUUGUACAUGAUAUAGUAUUUUGAAGGUAUGGAACCUUACGAAAAAAUAGCUAGGUUUUUUUUCCUCCAGAGGGGAAAGGUAUGUUCUGCAAAUAGUGUGUGUCUUAUUUUACUGUUGAACAGCAAUUGCUAUUUAUUUUUUUAUUGCCUAGAACUUCAACAUGUUGUAUAGGAAUCCCGUAGUGCCGCUAGUUCAAUUCCGAAUUCUCAUCUGGAUGUUCCAGUCAAACAUCAGUACACUUGUCAUUUCACAUGUGUUUAAUGUGACAGUUUUUCAGUACUGUAUGUGUUAAUUUCUACUUUUUUUAAUAUUUAAAAUUGCUUUUAAAUAAACAUAUUCUCAGUUGAUCCCAAA